AUGGACAACAUUUUUGUCCGGUCACAUCCUGCGAAGGCGAUCGAUUUCCCUCCGCUCCUGGACGAGUUUUCGCGGACGCUGGCAGCUCCUUAUGGUGAGGAUCUUCAUCACGGAAGCAGUUCGGGCCGCAUCGCCUCGCACCUGUCGCCCCUCUCGGGGAUCCUGGUGUGGAGCCACGAAGGAAAGUGUUUGAAGUGGAGACAAAGAAAGAUCCCGAAGAAGGAUGGUAAAGGUCAACAGCCGGAGUAUGCGCCGAUGGACAUUUUGGAGCGUGAGUUUGAGCACUCACAGAUCCUCCCAGGCUCCUCUCUGGAAGUGGAGUUGAAGGAAGCUGGAGUCUCCAGGCGCACGUUCUAUGGUGGCCUUUUGCGAUACAACUACUAUAUAACCGAUGGUAUUUCCGAUGCUGCAGUGGCCCCAAUCAACAGCGAAUGGCUGGAGAACGUAGCUUUUCUGGUGGAAGCCGACCGGCUCUUCAAAGACUUGGAUCCACAGGUGGUGCAAUCCAUCAUGGAGGCAGUUGUAAUUGAGAUGAAAGCUGGGUAUGUGCGCGCUUGCAAGCGUGCCAUUGCAGACUACAUCUUCAAGGAUCAAGACAGCCGUGAACGGGCCUUGGUGCCGUUUAUACCAUCGCCCGUGCCUGAUUGGGGCACGGUGCCUUUCGAGGGCAUCGAGGGCACGGUAGGCGGACCGCCGGAUGAAUGGCGGGAUGGCAUCGAGGAGAAUCGCAACGCGGUGGUUCGGAUCCUUACUGUUUGCAACCAGUCUGCUUUGCGGUUGCUUUACCUGUGGUAUGGCACUGGUACUGGCUAUGGGUCAAUGCUUUUGGUUGACCUUCCGCCGCCUUCUUCGAGCAUGGUCGAUAUCGAUCAUUUCUCAGAAAGGCAGAAGUCCUGCUGCCACGACGUUUUCACCAAGUUUAAGUCCCAGUGGUUCGAAGAGGUUUGCGCCGUCCUGCGCGAGGAGAGCCUACAUCUCAGGAGCCCAACGGAGGCUCGAUUCUUUCGGGGUGUACUGGCACUUCUCUCGGUCCAGACAAGACACCUCGUGGCACAGUCAGUGCAUGAAUAUACCGUCUUCUUCGAGCGCUUCAGCAAUCCCAAACCCCUCACACCAGAGGAGGUGACAAAGUUGAAGGAUUAUGAAGAGCGGGAAGAUGCAUUUCUGGUCGUCAAGCUGGUGCCCAAGGGUGAAGAGGUGAAGCUCAAGGAUUCCACCGAACGUGUGGUGGAACGAGUGCUGCGCGUGUUCCGAGACUUCGUCGUGUGCCUCAAUGACAUCCCAUCGCCUGAAAGUCGAGUUCAGGCGUCAAGUGGAGCCAGCAAGGAGACGAAGAACCUUUGGGGCACUUACCUGGAAGAGCAGCAUGUGCAGCAAGCCGAAAAGCUCAUCGAGCGAACGGUGCAUUUCAACAUGGCCAAUGCCAGCGAGGCAGUGCGGAUUUAUGAUGAGUACACAUAUCUCCUCACAGAGGAGGAUCGCAUCAAGGAAUUCGUCAAGGACUCAUCCAAGACGAUCCCCAACUUCUUGCAGAAGAUCGAUUCCUUCAAGGCGGUGGAUCUUCGGAUCCGGCGGGAACUUCCAGGAGAGAUGCGAAUGCAGAUGGUGACGGUCGAUUGCCGCGAGCUGAAUGAGACCCUCCGGAGCCAUGCUGCCACCUGCAUGUCUCUCCUCUUGGAGCAUGUUGCGCAGAUGAACUUGGAGCGGAAUGAACGGUUGUGCAAGGGCUUUGACUCCAUAGUCACAGCAGUGGCGAAAAAGCCGACCAAUGCCACGGAGUUGGUGGACAUCGAGCAGCAGCUGGAGCAGUUCCGAGGCUCCACGCUGAAGGACAUGCUGGAUGAAUUCCAAGACAUCCGGGCUUGGCAACAAAUGUUGUACGAUUGUGAACACUUGUUGACUCCGAGGGACUUCAAGGCCAUCGUGGACACUGCCGUGUGGGUCCAAAAUAUCGACUCCAAGAUGCUGAAGAACGAACAAUCCCUGAGGACAGAGCGCGACGGAAUUGAGAAGAAGUUCAAGAAGGACCGGCAGGCCUUUGAGGAUGACCUCACUGGUUACCUGGCGAUGGUGAACAAGUUCAAGGAAGCCGGGGACUUGAAGAAGAUGGACGACAACUCGGAACGAAUCGUGCUCCUCAAGGAUCACCUGCAGCAUGCGCGCAACGAAGCAGAAAAGAUCAGGGAAAAAGAGAUCCUGCUUGACUGGGAUCCCUCGGACUUCGAGAAGCUCACGGAGGCCAUCGACAAGUUGGCUCCCUACGACGAUUUGUGGGAGUUGGUCCAUAAGUGGACCACUGAGGAGAAGAAGUGGAUGCGUGGGCCCCUCUUCUCCUUGGAGCCCGAGGCAGUGGAUGCCACGGCCAACAGCCUGGCGAAACGGGCCAUGAAGCUUCAGGGCUUUUUCGAGUCCCAGAACCUCCAAGCGCCGGUCUUCGUGGCGAAGAAGAUCAAGAAGGAAGCGGAUACAUUUAAGCAGUACCUGCCGCUGAUCCACGCGUUAUGCAACCCGGGCCUUCGGCCUCGGCACUGGGAGGAGAUCUCCGAGGUGGUCCACUUUGCCAUGGAGAGGGACUCUGCUUUCACGCUGAGUCGAGUGGUGGACAUGGAUGUGGCGACUCACCUGACUGCUCUGCAGGAGAUCUCAGACUCAGCCUCCAGAGAGUAUGGCUUGGAGAAGACCCUGGAGUCCAUCUAUGAGCAAUGGCAACCAGUAAACUUCGAGCUGAAAGCGUGGAAGGAUACGGAGACCUACAUUGUUGCGGGUUCCACCGUGGAUGAGAUGCAAAGCUUGAUGGACGACCAUAUCAUCAAGGUCCAAACCAUGAAAGGAUCGCCGUAUGCCAAAGCCUUCAUGGAAAAGAUCACAUCGUUAGAAUCCUGGCUACUCCAGACGCAGGAGAUCAUGGACAUUUGGAUGAAGGUGCAAGGCGUUUGGCUCUACUUGGAGCCCAUUUUUUCCUCGGAAGAUAUCGUCAAGCAGAUGCCCACAGAGGCCACGAUCUUCAAGCAAGUGGACAUGGAUUGGAGGGCCACCAUGGCUGCGGCGUUGGAGGCUGGGAAGGCCAUGGAAGCGACAAAGGCCGAAGGCCUUCUGGAAAUGCUCCAGAAGUGCAAUGGAAACCUGGACGUCGUUCAGAAGGGCUUGAACGAUUACCUGGAAAUGAAGCGCCUUGCUUUCCCUCGGUUCUUCUUCCUCUCCAAUGACAACCUCUUGGAGAUUUUGUCGGAGACCAAAGAUCCCACCAGGGUGAAUCCACACAUGAAGAAGGCUUUUGAGGGCAUUCAAUCCUUGGAAUUCCAACCAGAUCAGCGAAUCACCGCCAUGAUUUCCUCAGAGAAGGAGGUAGUCCCAGUGAAGAACCCCGUGGACCCCCAUGCUGCCCGGGGCAACGUCGAGCUGUGGCUGGUGGAGGUGGAGGCGGCCAUGCUCGAAACCAUUCGUCACGUAUGCUUGGCCUCUGCGAAGGACUAUGAGGAAAGGAACAAGUUCACGGAUUGGUUGAAACAGUGGCCAGGGCAGGCAGUGAUUGCUAUCUUCUGCUUGUUCUGGACACGUGAGGUGGAAGCCGGGCUCAAGAGCAACGGUAAGGAUGGGGUCCUGCAGGUUGCAGACAAGCUGAAGCUGACCCUAGCAGAUAUCAUUGAUUUGGUCCGGAAUGACAUUCCUCCGCUCACGCGAUGCACAUUGGAAGCUUUGAUUGUGAUCUUCGUACACAACAAGGACACUGUGGAAGAACUGGGAGCACUUGGAACCAGUGUAGUGGACGACUUCGAUUGGUUGGUUCAGCUGCGAUACUAUGUGGAGGAGAACCCAGAGAAGCCUCACCAGCAAGACUUGUUUGUCAGAAUCACCAACAGCUUUCUGGGCUAUGCCUACGAAUACCUGGGGAACUCCUCCCGACUCAUCGUGACGCCUCUCACGGAUCGCUGCUACCGAACUUGCUGUGGUGCACUUCACCUUCUCUACGGUGCUGCUCCCGAGGGUCCAGCAGGGACUGGAAAGACGGAGACCGUGAAAGAUCUCGCCAAGGCCUUGGCCCGCUUCUGCGUGGUCUUCAACUGCUCGGACGAGCUGGACUACUUGGCGAUGGCCAAGUUCUUCAAAGGCCUCGCGGCGUCGGGCGGAUGGGCAUGCUUUGAUGAGUUCAACCGGAUUGACGCGGAGGUGUUGAGCGUGAUCGCGCAGCAGAUCCUUUGCAUUCAGAACGCCAUUCGAGAAAAGAAGACGCACUUUGAGUUUGAGGGCACGGAGCUUCCCAUCAUUUGGACUUGCAACUGUUUUAUCACCAUGAAUCCUGGCUACGCUGGACGGGCGGAGCUGCCUGACAACUUGAAGGCCUUGUUUCGAACCGUGGCCAUGAUGGUGCCAGACUAUGCCAUGAUUGCAGAGAUCAAGUUGUACUCCUACGGUUAUGAGGAUUCUCGCUCAUUGGCCCAAAAGAUCGUGACCACCUACAAGCUUUGCUCUGAGCAGCUUUCUUCACAGAAGCAUUAUGACUAUGGCAUGCGCGCAGUCUUUGCAGUGCUGGUGCAAGCUGGUCGGCUCAAGCGCAACAAUCCCACCCAGGAGGAGGCCAAGUUGAUGCUGCAAUCCGUCAAUGACGUGAACCUCGCGAAGUUCCUGGACUUCGACGUGCCGCUGUACAAUGGCAUUACAAAGGAUUUGUUCCCGGGUGUGGAAUUGCCGCAGCCAGAUUACUCCAUGAUGGUCAACAAGCUGACGCAAAACCUGGAUGUCACCCAUUGCCAGGCGCAUCCUUACUUCAUCGACAAGAUCAUCCAAUUUUAUGAGUGCCACCUUGUGAGGCACAGUGUCAUGCUGGUUGGGAUGCCCUUCAGCGGAAAGACAACAGCACUGAAUACACUGCAGAAGGCGCUCACAGAUCUGGCGCAGGAGGGUAGCAUGCAUGCUGGCUGCAUUGUACACCAAGCUCGAUUGAAUCCAAAGUCCAUCCCAGCACGAGACCUCUACGGAUGCUUCGAAGAGGUGUCAAGAGAGUGGGUUGAUGGCAUUGUGGCUGUCCUGUUCCGGGAAUUUGCACGGAAUCAGACUGAGGAGAGAAAGUGGUUGGUCUUUGACGGUCCUGUCGAUGCGGUGUGGAUUGAGAACAUGAAUACGGUCAUGGACGAGAACAAGAAGUUGUGCCUCAACAGUGGUGAGAUUAUUGCCAUGUCUGCCAACAUGCGCACCAUCAUCGAACCCAUGGAUGUGGAGGUCGCAUCGCCGGCCACGAUCUCGCGCAAUGGCAUGGUCUUCUUUGAGCCUCAUUUGAUGGGCUAUCAGCACCUCAUUGACAAGACCCUCAAAGGAGGCCUUCCUAAGGAGAUGGAGGAAGCUGAGCGUUCAGCUAUUGCCAGCAUGAUAGACUUCCUGGUCCCGCCACUGAUCGCGUAUGUUCAGAAGGCAUGCAGAACAGUCUCUCCGGUACAAGAGCAGAACUUGGUGCAAAGCUUCCUGCAACUUCUCACCACAAAGUUGCAGACUGGCUACAAGGAUCCCAACAUGAGCCGCGAGGCAGUCGAUCCCAAAGCCAUCAUCACAAUGAUCGAUUGCUACGCUAUUUGGUCUGCUAUUUGGGGCAUUGGAGCUGCAUGCGAGACCAACAGCCGCCCCAUGUUUGGCAGCUUUCUCCGAAAGCUGCUCACGGGCCAGGAGUCUCCCAAGCCUCCCAAGAAGAUCCAGCCAAAUCUGCCAGAUCGCGGUUCGGUCUUUGACUAUGUGGUGGACUUGAAGCAACCAGGUUGGACCACCUGGAUGGACACCGUGGAAGCGCAGAGCAUCCCCAACUCCGCACAGGUGCAGAACAUCAUUGUGCAAACCGUGGACAAUGUUCGAUACCGUCACCUUCUGGAGCAUUGUAUCGAGCACCGCAUGAAGCUCCUCUUUUGCGGUCCAACCGGCACUGGCAAAACCGUCUACAUGCAGCAGGCCCUUAUGGCAAUGCCCAAAGAGACUCACAUGUCCAUCCAAAUCGGCUUCUCAGCCCAGACCAAAUGCUCGCAGACACAGGAUUUGGUGGAUGCCAAAUUGGAGCGGCGACGGAAAGGGGUCUACGGUCCACCCAUGGGGCGAACCUGCGUGGUGAUGGUGGACGAUCUCAACAUGCCAGUGAAGGAGAAGUACGGCGCAAUGCCGCCGAUUGAGAUCCUGCGACAGAGUAUGGAUUCCACUGCAUACGGGCCCACAGGUGGCUGGUUUGACCGCAAGGACGCGACCCAUCCGUUCCGCAGCAUUAUCGAUGUGGUCUACUUCGCAGCGAUGGGUCCGCCAGGAGGUGGACGCAACUUCAUUACUCCCAGAAUUUUGGGCCACAUGUACUUGGUGGGCUUCCCACUGCUGGAUGAUGACAACAUGAUGCAGAUCUUCAACACCGUCCUGGAGUGGAAAUUCAGGGCAGAGAACUAUCCGGCAGAAGUGGCUUCCCUCAGCAAGAAAAUGGUGCAAGCGACCCUGGAAAUCUACAAGAACACGUCCAACGAGCUAAGACCCACGCCAAUGAAGGUGCACUACACUUUCAAUCUGCGAGACUUCUCCAAGGUGAUUUGUGGCGUUGGAGCCCCGGAGUGGCGUUGGUGUGUUCUUUUUGUGCCGGAGGAAGAAUAUACCGGCAUCCUGCGGCGAUAG